GACCUGAAGUGAUAGACGCUGUCCUGUUGCAGGAAUGAUAUGAACCUUAAACCACUGGAAUGCAUGGUUUGUGAUUUUUAGGACCAUCGCUGUGCACAGUGAACGAAGAAAUAAGAGCAGCAUUAAAGUCACCGAACUUUGAUACAAGAUCUCCCAGCUGCUGUGAAUCACAAAAGAGGUUAUGGCAGAUCAGCUGAUGUUGCCCAUGGUCCCCAGUCCUGCAGGCAGUGGCCCGCGUGGGUACAGAACCGGCAUGAAUACCCUGAUGCCUGGAGGCCACAGCCUGCCCAACGACCAGAGGCAUUAUGGGAUAGGACCUCCAGAGGUUCCUCUGAGGCCUCAUCCUGGCAUGGCGACAGGCUUAAACAGACAGAUGGGUCACCCUCACCAGACGCCAGGCAACAUGGUGUACAGCGGCCAAAGCCAGCAUCCACAGAGUCGCGCUCACCCACAUCAACAGCAAUACCUGCCAGGCGGACACACCUCCCAACAGCUUAUGGCCAGCAUGCACCUACAGAAACUCAACACCCAGUACCACAGACACCCGGCGCUGCCUCUGAACGGGAACCUGGCGGGCAACGGCGCCCCCUACAGGGCGAGUUCGCAGUGGGUCGGCACACAGCAUGUCACUGGACCGACGCUGGGCCUGAGCAUUAUGGACACGGACUUGAUUGACGAGGAGCUGUUGAGCUCGCUGGUCAAGGAGCUGGGCCUGGACCGUGUGCAGGAGCUGCCCGAGCUCUCCCUGGGGCACAAUGAGUUUGACUUCAUUUCAGACUUUGUGAGCAAGCAGCAGCCAAGCACCGUGACCUGUUGACUGGCAGGUCGGUGGGGUGGUGGUGGGGGGGUGUUUGGAGCGGCAGCAUAGAGAGGAGACAAUCAUGUAGUUCCCUUUGUGUUCAAGGGCAUUACACACUCAAGCCUGGAUGACUGUGGUGCUGGUGAUGGGUGUGGUUUCCAGUGUAUCAUUCUGUUCAUACUGCUCUCUCACCUGGGACACCUGGACUGUCUUUUUAUUAGUCAUACCCUCUGAACAGUUACAAACUUAACUUAAUCAGCCCUGGCUGAUUGAAAUGUUCACGGGGUCCCUGUGUCUUGGGUGUGUUGAUGGGAUAAGCUGGGUUGUCUUAUUGGUUUAUAAUUAUUAGUUUGAGUUAGGAAGGUGGGUUUCAGAAGGGAACAGACAGUAACCUGGUUCACCACAUCAGUGCCUUUUUGCCAUCUAGUGGCCAUUGAUGGGGGCCUCUUUCUCGGGCAGGCAGUAAGUGGGGGUUAUAAUCCUUUCAAUGGCUGCCAGUUUUUUGGCUAAAACAAGUUACCAAAUUAUUACCAUUUUAAUAAUGACUAUAUUGUUAGAAUAGUAAUAGGGAAAACUUAGCAUUGGCCAUUUUUGUUCUCUUUUUGCCACUGCUCUCCCUGGAUCAUUUAUGACAAAAACCCCCAGUAUUGCAUAGUUUGAGCUGUUUGCCUUGUGGUGAAGGUGGGGCCCGAGGCUGCAUCACACGUAAAUGCUACUGAAGAACAGUGAUGAACGUGGCCUCCUGUGACACAUCUCGCACACGCAUGUGAAGGAGAGUGAAAUGGGAACAUGCCUAGGACACGAGUGUGCCCUUGUGGCAUAGCUUCUGUGGAGCAGGAAUCCACUAUAUGUUUUCAUUAGUUUGGAAUCAAUGGACACAAAUGACAAUCAAGGAUAUAUUGUAAAUAUAUAGUGUAUAAAGAAUGCUGUCUUGUAAAGAGGUGUGUGGGUGUGUCCUAUGCAGUUGACAUGCUGGACAGCUCAUAUCCCAUACAUUCUGUUCAGACAGAAAGAAAGCCAAAGGUUUCCGCUACUUGAUAUGCUACCACUGUCCUUUACACGGAAGAACUGUUUGUCAGACUUUUUGCACACAGAAUCUGGCGGUGCCAAUGUAUUGGAAACACAUUGAAAAUGCACCUCUUCAGAGACAUAACCAAAGUUUAUCAUGUAAUUUUCUGUUUCUGUUCUGUGAAAGGGCAUCUGUCUGCAAUAAUUCUGCUUCCACAGUUGUGCAAAUAGGUAAUUUUUUCAAUAUUCCAUUUUAUGUGCUAAUGGAUUUUUCAAAACAAGAAGAUUAAGUAUGAACUCUACUAUUGUGUCAAAUUCUGUGUUGCUGAUAUAUCAGAUUUCUCAUGCAUACUUAUUGUAUGUAUUUUAUCCACCCACUGAAGCUUGUUUGUAAAUGUGCACAUAAAUACACAUUAAAUAUAUUUUACAAUAGAUGUAAUAAUGUGUGCGACUGACUUUUUCACACCUGGACAGUUCAUUUAUAAAUUUCCUC